AUAAUAUAUAUUCGUCUAUAUGAAUUGUAAUUUUAUUAGAAAAGAGUAUAUAAUCAGCUACAUGAUCGAAGCCUACAAGUCCGUCCUUAAGCUUAUUAAAGCUAAAUUCGAAAAGAUGAGGUCCGCCGAGAGGUCCCUUAGCAAGGCUCAAGAGGUCCAAGCCAACAUCGACCUCCUGGAGGAAAUCAUAAGGAGAGAAAUUAGCGACCUCCAAGCUGAGAAGGAAAGGCUGACCAACCAGGAGCUCCCAAAGAGGAAGGCGAAGUUGGAAAAGAAAGCCGUCUCUGACUUCUCUAUAAGCAAGUUGGCACUCCCACAGGUCUCCGAAGGCUCGAAUGACGCCAUGGAAGUGGACCAAACCAAAGGGGCUCCACCUGCGACCGAUCAAUAAAUGGGGACCCAAGAACCGGAAAAGGCCAAGGACACCGAGGAGCUGAUGGAUGAAGCGCAAGAGAAGGAGCAGGCAAGGAAGGAGGACCUGGGGCCGCGUAGUGAGAGCCUUAGGUCCCGGUUUUACCACUUCAAUAAUUGAUCCAAGUUUUAAGAAUCGUUUGCUUAAGUUUUCGUUUUAGACCGACCAAAUCGAAUUUCGGUGAAUCCCAGUUUUAGACCGAUCAAAUCGAAUUUCGGUGAAUCCCGGUUAAAAAAAACCGGUUUAAUCCACUUGAAUCGAACCGGGAUUCGAUUUGCUCUUCCUCUCUCUCUCGCGAUUUAAAACGAAAAAACACUUUCCUUUUUUUCUCAUUCUUUUUCACUUCUCCAUUGAAAACCUUUACAAGCUUUUGAACUUCAAUUCAUCACAUCUUUUUCAAUUCUUCACGGAUUUGAACGAUUUUUGGAUUGUCACCCUAUAUCCAUUGCCCAUAACGCCGUCCUCGAUCUGUUAAGCUUUCUCAAGAGGUUGUUGAGUUCUGCAAAUCUCCGACCAAUGGGUGGUGGAACUACGGCUGAGGAUCGGUCAGAGAUUGCGCUCUUCAAAGUCAAGAAGAAAUUUCCGUUCCAAGGAGAGAACUCGAUUCUAGAGUUCACAUCAAUCCUGGUUUGUCCGAAGAAGCUAGUCGAGCUUCGAAACUACCCCCCUCGGUUGGUGCAAUGCAAUAUGUUUGCAAAAAUUGCUGAUGACGUUUACGAUAUUCUCGAAGGAAGGAUAUGGGCAGGUCACAACGUAUUGAAUUUUGAUUGUCCAAGGAUAAGAGAAGCAUUUGUUGAGAUAGGACGAAAUCCACCAGAGCCAAGGGGUAUCAUUGACUCGUUGGCGUUGCUUACUCAAAGAUUUGGGGUGAGAGCUGAUGAUAUGGAGCUCGCGGAAUGGGCUGCCUACUUUGGACUUUGUAACCAGACGCAUUCGAGUCUGGACGAUAUCAGGAUGAAUUUCGAGGUUCUCAAGUGUUGUGCGACUGUCUUGUUCUUGAAGUCAAAUCUUCCAGAUAAACUUAUAGAGUACUCUGAAGACUGUACGAAUAUCAACAAAUCUUCCGCUGAUUGGAAGACCGGAGAGAACUCAAACGCAGAAGCUCAAACGAAUCUAUUUGAUAUGAGCACUUUGAGGAAGGAAAUUCCCACGGACAUUGUUGCCUCUGAGGGUACUGGUGACCAGGAAAGAUUCUUGGAUCUUGAUGAAAUAUCAAUUCCAAGCAUCACAGCAACUCAUGUCGGAAGCCAAAGAAAGAAAAUACAGCUCUUCCUUGGGGACAGACCCCUUCGUCUCCAUUGUCCUGAACUGGAAGUACACUUUGGGAUCAAUUUCAAAUUUCAGGAUACUGCUGGGAGACCAAAGUUGAACUUUGUAGUUAAUUUGUAUCCAAGUCUCUGUAAUGUACUGCAAGAAUGCGACAGUGCUGCACAUGCAACAUCUAUUGAUUCAGGCAGCAUUUCUGAGUGGAACCCAGUAAUCAUCCCAAUAAGAAUUUCAAGCUAUCCUACCGCAAGGAUUCAUAUACCGGCAAAGUCUUCUGGAACUGGAGACCGGUAUGCAGCUGAGAUACACAAGAGAGAGACCUCUGGAGUUACCAUUUUGAGGAACCCAAAAGCUGAGGAGCUCAAAGACAUGGUAAAACCAGGAACCGUCCUUGAUGCCUUCUUGUCUUUGGAGCCAUAUGAUUAUAUGGAGAGAGCUGGAAUCCGUCUAGUUGCUAAAAAGCUUGUGAUCCACUAGCUUCUCCUUCUCUUUCUGUAAAACCGUUUCAUUUAGCUUCUCUUUCAUUGUAACUGAGUAAUCUUGUUAAUGUUAAUGUUGUGGCAAACCCAUA